CCAGCUCUUGACCAGCUAACAAUAUCUACUGCUGCUGCUGUUGCUGUUGUUGUUGAGUGGUUCGGUGGGGAGUUGAAGUUUGGGCUGAGAGCAACGUAACCCCAAGCAUCGUUCGUAUUACCUGGUCUUAUCAGGCCCGAAAAAAAGCCGAGGGCUAUUCCGCCUACAACGCAGUGUGCUUUGGGUCGUCGGCGUCGACGGCAGCAGAGGCAGAGCAGCACCUGGUUCUCCGGGCUUUUCUGUAUUUCUGGCGAAGCGAACGCGGCGCGAUCUCAAACCUCCGACGACUGGAGACCGGAGCGACAGGCACUCGUCCUCGAGAGAGCUGUGGGAAAUUCGUAAAUAAAAAAUAAAAUCACCAUACGACUGGGAUUUGCAUUAAUUGCAAAGUGAAUGUGUGAAGUGAAUGUGCGAGGAGAUCGUGUGAAACAUGAGCAUAUAAUUUGACAAGCCAACGCAAUCGAAUCACUUUGCUUACGGCCACCAAAAGGAAUAGUUGCAUACCUGCUUCAAAUUAAAAAAAAAAUUAAAAAUCAUAUUAAUUAAAUUAAAACCCCUGCAAUAUGAUGAACCUGAACCUGAGCCAAAUCUUGUGGAUUACGCUGAUCUUCAGCUGCAGCAUCCGGGCUUCAAUGGGAGCCGCUAACGACACAGACGAUGAUGAGGAAUGUCCUCCUUUGGUGAAUACGAACCUGCAACAAUCCCAACUUAUCCAAAGAUUAACCCAUGUGUGCCGUUAUGACCGGCUUGAGAGGCCAAUAACUUACGACCCUGUGACUUCAGAACGAUUGCCCAUCGUGGUGACAGCGCGAAUCUAUGUGUACUUCCUGCAGAACCUCAAUUCCGACCUGCUGCAAUUCAAGAUGCACGCCCUCUUGCAGUUGCGAUUCCAGGACAAACGUCUGGCCUUCAAGGAUUUCCGGGAUGGACGCCUGGAAAACAUCCUGGGACAGAAGCACCUGAGCGAACGUCUCUGGCUGCCGCACAUCUUCUUCGCCAACGAACGAGAGUCCAGCAUUCUGGGAACGGAUGAGAAGGACGUCCUGACUUCCCUGUCUCCCGAGGGCAACGUGAUUAUCUCCACCCGCAUGCAGGCCACUCUCUACUGCUGGAUGAACUUCAAGAAGUUCCCCUUCGAUCAGCAGUUCUGCUCCACGGUCCUGGAGAGCUGGAUGUACAACACCUCGGACUUGGUAUUGAAUUGGGAGAACUACAAUCCCAUAUCCUUCGAUCCGGAAAUGAGAUUGACGGAGUACAACAUGGCCAAAUACUGGCACAACACCACUGUGGUGGAGUCGGACGGGGUCAAUCUGCGCCAUGGAGCCUUCACUGGUAACUACAGUUCGCUGAGCUUCACGGUCAAUCUGAAGCGCGAAAUCGGCUUCUAUCUGCUGGACUACUAUGUGCCUUCCAUGAUGAUCGUGGCCAUCUCCUGGGUGUCCUUUUGGCUGCAAGCGGAUGCCUCUCCUCCGCGGAUUAUGUUGGGAACCAGCACCAUGUUGUCGUUUAUCACACUUUCCUCAUCGCAGAGCAAGACUCUGCCCAAGGUGAGCUACAUAAAGGUGUCGGAGGUGUGGUUUCUGGGCUGCACCUUCUUCAUCUUCGGCAGCCUGGUGGAGUUCGCCUUCGUUAACACGAUUUGGCGCCGCAAGGAGAACAUCGAGCUGAAGAAGGUCAACAGCAAGUACAUCAUAAAGUCCACUUUAACCCCGCGACCCUCGCGUCGUCAGAUUGGCGGCAGCCUGAGCAACGAUUCCAGAGCGAGAUCCUGUUCCAGUUUGGACAACAUAAUUUCAAGCACCGAAAGCGUUCGCAAUGGAAAUGGCAAUGUAAAUCAGGGCUUCAACAAUUACCUGACAGUUCAUCCCAAUUUACCCAUCAUCAAGACCGAGUGCGCUGACACCGUGUCCAUUUGCAGUGAGCGGACGAACAACGACCACAUUGUGGAUGUGGACAAGGAUAAAAAGGACACGCCGCCCACCUUCACCACCAUGACGCCGCAAGAGAUCGCCAUGUGGAUCGAUCGGCGCUCCCGAUUCCUUUUUCCGACGAUGUUCCUGGCCUUCAACGCCUUGUAUUGGACCUUCGUCUACGUUUUGUGAGCGACAACAAUAGUUGCCUUCAAUGUGAAAUCUUGUCUAUUUGUGUAGUCCUGCUCACGCAAAUAAUUGUUAAAUUGUAAGAUGCAUCAUCUCAUAGCUGUACAAAUGUUAAUCAUUAAUAAAGCAAUAAAACCAGAUAAGUAAAUCAAACUAACUA